AUGUCACUCGACGAACGCUUCGACGCUGCAGUUACUAUUAUCCAAAAAUUACCCAAAGAAGGGCCGGUGAGCACUUCAAAUGAGCAGAAACUCGAAUUCUACUCUCUUUAUAAGCAAGCAACCGUUGGAGACGUAAACACUGAGAGACCCGGCAUUUUCAGCAUAGUUGAAAAGAAGAAAUGGGAUGCGUGGAAGGCAGUUGAAGGAGUGUCCAAGGAUGAGGCCAAGGAACGCUACAUUAAAGCGCUUCUAGCUAUGUUCGACAAAAUUGCUGAUGUUCGUAAUUUUUUGCAUUUUCAUUUUUUACAAUGA